AUGUGCAAAAAAAAAAAAAAAAAACUUGGCCAUGCAGGAAACAAGACGACGACAAGCAUCUUUGACUCACGGGAGUUUGUUCGCCAAGACUCCAAGUGUGCCGGAGAAAUACGAGUUUCAGUCGAGUUGCCCUCGGGAUAUUUGGUGGCCCUCAGAGAAGGUGACACGUUGAAGCAGUACGACAUAUCAUUCCUUCCGUCCCUGCUUCUGACCUUUGGACUCCCUGAGAAUUACCCCUCCUCCUCUCCUCCUUCCUUCACACUCUCUUGCAGCUGGCUAACUCACAAGCAGGUAAUCUGUGGUACACGUGAACCUUUGUACGGAUAUGUUGAAACGGGUCACACUGGCCUUUUGUCCCUGCCUGCAUCUCUCCAGCUCGCAGCUCUGGGAGCUCACCUCACCGAUCUCUACCGAGCCACCGGAGGCGAUGUGGUGCUCUUCACCUGGGUACAGUUUCUGAGAGAAGAUGCUCUCCGAUUUCUGAAGAUCAGUUCUGCGCUGCAGCUGUCCAGCGAGCCCAGCACCCCAUAUAACAGUCAAGAAACAAUAGAUGUUGCACCCUCAGAACAGAAAACUCAACCUACCCUGACUUCAGGAUCCAAAGAUGGCGUUCACGAAUGGACAAACAGUAGCAACGUCGACACUCGGGGGUCUGCAGCCGCAGAUGAUUUCGCAUCAUCACGUGGUGAUGACGAAACGUGUGGAACAGGAGCCCGAGACAAAACGAGAGACACUUCAGAUGAAUACCGACCCUUCUCUGGUCCCACAUUGACUCCAGCGGAAAGUCUCCUGUCUGAGAUAAUGAUCCACGAUGCAGCCCGGCGACAGAAAGUUUUUCAAAGCACAGUUUAUGACUGCGCUGUGUGUUUCAUGAGCUACCUCGGUUCAGAAUGUGUUCAGAUACUGGAGUGCGGGCACAUCUUCUGCCAGGCCUGUCUCGCCGAGUUCUGCAAGCUCCAGAUAACAGAGGGAAAUGUCCGUGGUGUCACCUGCGCUCAGGCAGGCUGCACAGCCUUACCCACACAAGCACAAGUGGAGAGUCUGGUCGGAGAGGAACUUUUCAAACGCUACGACCGUCUUCUUUUGCAGUCCACCCUGGACCGUAUGGCAGAUGUGAUGUACUGCCCACGGCCAUCCUGUGCGUCGCCUGUCGUUCUGGAGGAGGGCAGCGGUGUGGCGCUCUGCUCCGUCUGUGGCUUUGCCUUCUGCGUCACCUGCAAAAAGACCUACCACGGAACUGAUCGCUGCAGGCCAAAGAGCCAGCAAAAAAAUGACCCAGAGCAAGGCAAUGCAGAUCUGCCCCAAUCUCUUGAGGGCAUGAAGGCUCUAUGGGAUGAUUAUGCAAGUGGCAGUAAGGAGAGGAAACGUCUGCUCGAGAGCCGGUAUGGGCGAAAUGGUCUGUUUCUCACUCUGGAACACUGCCUGAGUGAGGAUUGGAUGGUUUUCAACAGCAAAAACUGUCCAUGGUGCUUUUGCAGGAUACAGAAAACCCAAGGGUGCAACAUGAUGACAUGCUCACAGUGUAGACUAUUGUUCUGUUGGGCCUGCCUGACAGGGCUUUCACCCAGGAAUGCAUCCCAACACUUUCAGGAGAGCGCAUGUUCUCGCUACUAGUCUAACUGAUGACCAGCAGCCUCAGAUUGAACACACUUUUGCUGGACCUGUGCUGAAGUCCAUUCUUGAAGGCGCUUGCUCUCACCUUCGUUCUACAGCAGCUCGAGGGAAAUAAUACAUAUAAACCUUCUAGAGCACUCUCAUUUCAUUCCGUUUAUGAUACACAUAUACUCAUUUAUGCCCUAAAGGGGAAAUUCAAUAAUGGUUUGUGAGACUCCAUUGAAGUUAAUCAAAAACAAGACAUUACUUACACAUCGUGUUCCUUAAGUCUUGUAUCACCACCAAUACUCUUAGUACUAUUACUAAUUCCUAUUAACGCCACUUCCCCUACGUAUAUCACUGUUCUUUCUACUACCACUGUUUAUACAACUACGCUGCUACUCUUAACGCUGUUGGAUCUAUCUCGCCCAACACCUAUAAAAAAUAGACACAAAGGAAUGAACACUGGUCGCAGAAAUAACUUGAAUCUGCCAAUAAUAAUAAUAAAUUAAAAAAAAUAAUAAUGAAAAUUGACCAAUGAAAAUCAGGCAUUGCUUUUGAAUUGUGGUUGAACUGAAUUAUUUAAUUAAAAAAAAUAAUUCAUGAAACAGGCCUGGACAUUUGCUAGAUUUCGCAAAGCAGCCCCAGAACAUUACAGAUUCUCCAUGUUUCAAAGUAGGGACAGUGUUCUUUUCUUGGUAUACUUCAUUUUUGCACUUGUGAACAUAGAGCUGAUGUGCCUUGCCAAAAAGUUCCUGUUUUGUCUCGUCUGUCCAUAGGACAUUCUCCUAGAGGUUUUGUGGCUUGCCAACAAAUGGCACAUUACAGUGUCGCUUUUUUUAUGAUUUAGUUUCAACAACAGUGAUUCCAUUUGGUCCUGUAAGGGUUUCUUUCUUUCUUUAUUUUAUCAAAUCACUUUUACUGUUGAAUGUAACAGAAGCUACAUUUAUACAGUAUUCUAGGGCAGUCUCAAAGUCAAAUUAAGUGCAAUACAUUUAGUUCAUUAAGAAUAAGUUAAUAACAGCAACCGGUGUUAUGCUCCCAGUAGCUGGUCUGCCAGAAUUAAAGAGCAACAUGUAACGAAGUUGUCAACACUCAUAUACAGUUGAAACCAGAAGUUUACAUACACUAUACAAGACACAUGUGUUUUUUUUUCUCACUCUCUGACAUGACAUCUAACUAAACGUCUCCUGUUUUAGAUCAGUAAGGAUUACCAAAAUUAUUUCUAUUUGCUAAAUGUCAGAGGAAAGAGAAGGAUCUUUUUUAAGGCCAUUCAGUCAGACGUUUACACGUCAUUAGUAUUUGGUACCAUUGCUUUAAACUGUAUGACUUGGGUCAAAAAUGUUGGAUAUCCUACUACAAGCUUCUCACAAUAGUUGGCAGGAUAUUUGUCCCAGUCCUCCUGACAGAACUGGUGUAACUGAACCAAGUUUGUGGGCCACCUUGCUCACACAUGCCUUUUCAGGUCAGUCCAUUCAUUUUCAAUAGUGUUGAAAUAAGGGCUUUGCGAUGGCCGCUACAAAACAUUGACUGUAACCAGUUUGGCAGUAUGCUUCAUGUGCAUUGUGUGUACAUUUGGAAGAACCUUUGCGCCUCAGCUUUAACUUCCUGGCUGAUGUCUUGAGAUUUUGUUUCUGUAUUUCCACAUUAUGUUCUUUCUUCAUGACACCAUCUAUUUUGUGAAGUGCACCAGUCCCUCCUAUAGCCAACUUCGUAUUUCACAGUUGGAAUCGUGUUCUCAGACUUGCAAGCUUCCCUCUUUUUCCUUCAAACGUAACAAUGCUCAUUAUGGCCAGUUUAAUUUUAGUUUCGUCAGACCACAGGACACGUCUCCAAAAAUUAAGGUCUUUUACCCUGUGUGCAUUUGCAAACUGUCAUCUGACUUUAUGUUUUUGGGGGAGUAACGGCUUCUUCCUGGCAGAGUGGUCUUUCAGCCCAUGUCAGUACAGUCCUCGUUUCACUGUGGCUAAUGACACACUCUUACCAGCUUCAGCCAGCAUCUUCACAAUUAUAAUUUUCACAUGAUGUUUGUAGCAAAUUCUGAGAAGAUAACUGGUUCAUGUGACUGAAACACCGGAGAACUAAAGAAGACACGGCGACUAUAUGAUGAAAAAAUGAAUGAAACGAAAACGCAAUCUGUUCAGAAUUUGUGACCUGAAUUUGUUACUUGUUACACAAAGAGGCAGUGCAUAACAAAGAGUGGCUUCCAUCGGGCCACUCUGUCAUAAAGCUCCGACUGGUGGAGGGCUGCAGUGAUGGUUGACAUUCUAGAAUUUCCCCCCCUGAAUCUCAGCCACGGUGAUCUUUGGGUUCUUCUCUACCUCUCUCACCAAGGCUCUUCUCCCCCGAUUGCUCAGUUUGGCCGGACUGCCAGCUCUCGGAAGGGUUCUGAUCAUCCCAAACGUCCUCCAUUUAAGGAAUAUGGAGGCCACUGUACUCUUAGGAACGUAAAUUGCAGCAGAAUUUUUUUGUAACCUUGCCCAGAUCUGUGCCUUGCCACAAUUCUGUUUCUGAGCUCUUCAGCAGUUCCUUUGACCUCAUGAUUCUCAUUUGCUCUGACAUGCACUGUGAGCUAUAAGGUCUUAUAUAGACACCUGUGUGGCUUUCCCGAUCAAGUCCAAUCAGUAUAAUCAAAUACAGCUGGACUCCAAUGAAGUUGUAGAACCAUUUUAAGGAUGAUCAGAAGAAAUUAUUAUUAGUAUUUAUUUUAAUAUAUCUGCCCAAAAACAAAUUGGGGGGCACUGAUACACGGGGUAGGGCCAAUGACUGCCAUCUGGCAGGACAGACUGACUACGAACAGGACUACAAAAAAAAAAAAAAAACAACAAAUGAUUUUAGCAAAUGGUUGCAAUAUAACAAAGAGUGAAAAUUUUAAGGGGGUCUGGAUACUUUCCGUACCCACUGUAUGUGUCCUACAGACCGUCGUGGCUUUUCUAUUACGUCAUGCUUCAGUUUCCAGGCAUGAUCAAUCAGUGUUAACAGUUGGAUUGAGUGUAAAUUGUGUCGUCAUGCCUCUGGUUAGCGCAUUCAGCUUUCAAUUUGGGGACUGUGGUUGUGGAGUGAGGGUUUGGACCUCGGGCAAGAUUGUGCCAGAUGACCAACAGAACGUUCGCUCACAAGCCAUUUUCUCUGUGAAAGAGACUUUUGCCUGAUAUGAACUGAAUUAGUCUAUGAAAGGAUUUUGUUCUUUGAGCUCUCCUGCCGUCUUGCUUUCAAUGGCAAGAACUGUCCGUGGCGCUUCUGCAGGAUACAGGAUACAUUUAUUUACAGUCUUAGUCUGUUGCAAUCCUGUUUUGUUGUUGUUGUUGUUGUUGAAAUAAGAAAUUUAAGGCCUGUUUUUGGACAAUUCAUUAACAUGUGUUCCAGAAAAAACCAAGGCCGCGACAAUGUCGACAAUUGUUCUGGCCAAGUUGUCAUACGGGAAUGCAUCACACUUCCAAGACAGCGCAUUCUCGCUACCCCUAUAGCCGAUGACCAUCACAUUUGCUGGACCUGUGCUAAAGUACAUUUUUGACGGUGCAUGCUCUCAUCAUUGUUCAAAAGGAAAAUUACUGUUUCCUAUACUAUCAGUACUACCACUGCUUCUCCUACUUUUGUUACUGUUCUUACUUAUACCACUGUUCCUACUAUAAGUACUUUUACUAUCUCUGUUACAGCUACUUACUACUACAAUCUUUUUUUUUUUUUUUUUUUAAACCUUGGACUGUGUGAGCUGGAAGAUAAUAGAUGAGACAUACAAUUGCUAUAAUAAACAUUUCAAAUUGGUUAUUAAUAUGUUCAUGUUUAUUCUUCGGUAAGAAUAUACACCAUCAGAUUUCAGCCUUCAGUCAUCCAUAACCGUUCAGUGAUGAAAGAAAGUGGCAUAUUUCCUUUAUGAACAACAGCAUCAUGAUAAUUCUAAUGCCCCUGUGUCAGCACAGCAUAGAAAAAGUUACAUCAGUUACAUUACCGUACAGAACUCUUGUCUAUACUCAAAACUAUUUCAAGUUAUCAAGUAUGCACAUGCACAGAAUAAACCCAUAAAUGUACUGUAUAUCGGUGCAAUAUGGAACACAUUUUGGAGGGGCAGAAAAUACCUCCAGUGCAGAUUGGAUAGCAAUGUCGUCAAGCUUAAUUCUGUGUGCACAAAGGGAUUUUAAAGUGCCUGCUACAACCCCAAUUCCAAUGAAGUUGGGACGUUGUGUUAGACAAACAAAAAAAGGAAUACAAUGAUUUGCGAAUCAUGUUCAACCUAUAUUUAAUUGAAUACACUACAAAGAAAAGAUAUUUAAUGUUCAAACUGAUCAACUUGAUUGUUUUUAGCAAAUAAUCAUGAACUUAGAAUUUUAUGGCUGAAACACAUUUCCAAAAAAACUGGGACAUGGUCAUGUUUACCACUGUGUUACAUCACCUUUUCUUUAACAACAUUCAAUAAACGUUUGGGAACUGAGGACACUAAUUGUUGCUUUGGAGGUGAAAUUCUUUCCUAUUCUUGCUUGAUGUACAGCUUCAGCUGUUCAACAGUCCGGGGUCUCCGUUGUCGUAUUUUACGCUUCAUAACGCACCACACAUUUUUAAUGGGAGACCGGUCUGGACUGCAGGCAGGCCAGUCGAGUACCCGCACUUUUACUACGAACCCACGCAGUUGCAACACGUGCAGAAUGUGGUUUGGCAUUGUCUUGUACCCUGUCCCAGCUGUUUUGGA